GCGCGCGGCCCGACGGGAGCGGGUACGGGGAGCGUCGUUUGAAACACGGGCGCUGUGACAGAAGCAGCGAACCGUCACCAAACUGGAUCUGGAACCUGAGUUUCAGUUUUCGUCCAGAUUAAGAGAGCAUGUUGCUCAAAGGCCCUGACUCACCUCCCAGAUAGGAACCCUGACAGUCCCAAGGCAGGGACCUAGCAUAGAAACACAGAUGGUGGAAGAUGAAACUGAGACGACAAGUGAAGAUCUGCCCCCUCAUCUGCGGGAAGAACCUCCUGAAGAUGCCAGCAAGGACCAUCCGCAGCAGCAGGCGGGGGUGAUCUGGAGAGUGACGGGCGGCCUGUUCAGCAUCACCCGAGGAGCGGUGGGGGCCACGCUGGGAGGAGUCGCCUGGGUGGGCAGCAAGAGCCUGGAGCUCACCAAGACGGCUGUGACCAGCGUCCCUGCUGCAGGCGUUGGACUGGUGAAAGGCAGCGUCUCAGCCGUGACCGGCGGCGUUGGAGCUGUGGGCAGCGCAGUCGCCGGCAAAGUCCCUUUCACCACAAAGAAGAAGGACAAGGCUGACUAAUCCCCAUCACAGCCCCUUUCCAAAAGAUCUCCCUGCCCGUACUCUCCCCCACACAGCACCUCUUUGAGUUGGAACCAGCCGCUUCAGGGAGGGUCAAGCACCCGAGCAGACUUUGGCAGCAGCCUGCUCAGCACCACCUGCUUGGCUCAGGGCUCCCAGAGCUGCUGUCUAUGCCUUUCACUCCCAUCACCUCCUGGGAACCAUCUCUGCUCCAAGGACUUCAAAGGCACAGUUGUCUCUGUCGUAUGGUUUCCUUCCUCCCUUCUUCCUCUUGUGAGCACAGGGGGUGGGAGAGGCUCUAUCUGCCUGGAGCCGGGGACAAGGGGACAGGGUGAGUUACGCCUGUCUCGAGGUGUGGGUUGUGCAGUUGAAUUCAGCUUCAUCAGGGAAGACAGCCUUUGAAACAGCACUUCCUUCAGCCCUGGGAGGUGUGCUUGGGGGGUCUGUCUGGGGGAGAACGGCAGAAGAAAGUCCCAUUGACACAAAGGAGAGAUACUGUGAAAAGGGGGAAACCUCAUUCCUACCCUGCAUCUUUUAGGUUUUCUUUGCAGGGCCCACCCACAAGCUGCUCCCAAUCCCUCACUCCCUGGCUGAAUUGCACCCUUCAGAGAAGGUACCCUCAAUCUCAACAGAGCAGCUCCAGCUAUUAGGCCACAUGAGAGUAUCACAUGUCCCAGGGCAUCAACUUCUAUGUGGAUUUUUUCAGUGGGAGGCAUGAAAUCUACUGUAUGUUCCCACUGGGGGAGAGAGCUGCCAGUAGCAUCUGCCAGGCAUCUGUGAUGUUACAGCGCAGGUAGUGGAUGUCCCACUGGUGAGAGAGGAGAGGUGUCCUUACAAACCACCUUACAAACGACACAAACCAGCCCCUGGGUUUGACCCUUCAAGUCCUUGCAGUAUCCCCAUCUGCUAAAGGGACACUUUGGCUCUAGGCCACACUCACUCCACAGAUGUCACUGGUAACCACAAGCAAGCAUGUUCCCAAAUGCCACCCAAGUUCUGCUCCAGGGAGGGAGGGGAGGCUGAGAGCCUCACUCUCCUGUGGCUCUGCACCCCUGGAGCGGUGCUUGGCUGGGAGUGGGAUGCACUGCUCUGGGGGAACAUGUCCCUGAGGAGCUGCAGCCCGGCUCCUCUGAACCACCAUAUUGCACUAAAAGCCCACCCAAACUCUCAGUGCCGCAGAAACCCAGACACCUGCAUCCAUCUGGGAGCAAUAGCCAUCCUCAAUCUGACCCGUGAUGCUCGGGGGUCGGUGACAUCGUGCGCUCACACACACACACACACGUGCACACACUCACACUCCACGGUCCCCUGCGAUUCUCGGGAUGAGGAAAGCCGCAGGUUCCAACGUUAACUCUGCCUUCCCUGGCUUUGGCAGGUUAGUAGCCUAGGUUGUUAGCUGUUGGAUGCGUAGGCAAGUGAAGCAGUGUUUGUGCUGUGUUAUAUAGAUAUGCAUAUGUGUUAGCGUGUGUGUAUGUAGCAACCCACAGGCAUGUUUUCAGCCAGGUGAGCAAAACUGUGCCACUGCCGUGGAGGUUCACAUCAUCAUCUUUGGCACUUCUGGCAUGUAGGUUUGUAUAGGGUCCUUGUCACAGUAAUCACAGUUCAGAGGAAGAUGUCCUCUCUGUGGCCCAACAGCUUAGUUUACUGAAACCAAAGGAAUGUGAACAAUCUCCUUUCUCCUGUCUGUGCCGUUUGUUUACUUUCUGCCCUAUCUUUGGACGUCGAAGCCAACUUCCUUGGUUUUCAUUUCCUCUGCAGGCUCAUUGCAUUUCCUGGCUGCCUAGGCCUCAAACAUCAGGGAAUAUUUAAGUACAAGUCAUCCCGCUCCCCAUCCUGACUGAAUGUUCUCGGUCUUGUGAAGCCGUUUUGAUUCUGACCUUUAUUCUAUCCGCAUUUUGGGGCCGCCACAAGCCGCUGUGUCCCUGUGCUCAUCAUGCUGCUGUUAGGUUCUCCCUGUGCUCCUGGCUGGGCCGCAGACCUGCUGUUUGCAGUGGGAAGAGCUUCCUGAUCUCCACACUGUUUUACUUUGGAUAGCAUGAGAGAGGUUUAACCUACAUCUUUGUUUCUAAAGAGGAAGCGGCGUUCAGUAUGAGUGCGCAUUUCCUCUCCUUGUCUCCUUUGUUCUUGUGAAGGCCAAGUUGACCCAGAUGUGUUGGUUCUGUCUCUGACGGCAGUAGCUUCACAGAAAGAUCAGGUCUUGUGUGCCUGCACUUUUGCUGGGAUGCUCAUGGCAGUGAGCAAGACCAGAAGAAACCUUUUCUGUUCUUCCUUUGUAGUGAAUGCCCUGCAAAGCGGGAGGGCAGUUUGCACUGCAUGGAUCUCUGCUCACCGCUCUCCCUCAGUGUGUCUCAUUUCUUAUUCCAAAUCGCAGACUGCUUCUGAAUCCAUCUCUAGCCCCAAAGCUAAAAGCUGCUUGUGCAUAACUGGCUGUGCUGUCACCAGCCCUCUUGGAAAGACACAGUUUCUUACCCACUGGGACUCCUCACUACCUCUCCAAGGCUUUAGGCAGGAGAAGAUGCUGUGAAAGAGCUUCACAUAACUAGGCACCUCUGGACAGAUGAUGGGAAGCUGAUGGUGCUCUGGUGACCAGUGUCCCACAUAGGCCUGAUCUUCCUGGGGAAGCAUUAGGUCCUUCUUGAGCUAUUGUCUGCAGGCAUGGAAAACGUGAUAAAGGUGCAUUGAGAAAGGCUGUAGGGGACCUAAGGGUUUUCCAUCUUUGCAGUUCUGCUCUUUGGUGAGUCCCUGCAGUAAAUGGAGUGAAGCUCCCCAUUUGUUCUCAUUUGAGGGAUGGCCUGCAGAAGAGGUGUGAGGGAAAAUCCCAGCUUGCUCUGCUGUCCUUUGAGCCCAAUUAAGACAGAGCUCAUGCACCAUAAAUAGCCAAAAAAAAAAAAAAAAAAAAAAA